AUGGCCCUUAUAGCGAUAUUCUUCAUGCUAUGUUUCUUAGCAGAGGAUUCAAGAAUAGCUGCUAUGGUGGUCCCCUACACACGAGGAGGAGCACGUGGCGUCCUAGCGAGGCGGAGCUGGAGCCGAGUGGAUGUUGGGCACGUCCAGGGAGAGUGCAACUUUCACUCGCUCCAGUGCCAGGGUGAGUUGAACGAAAACCAGAGAGGACCAAGAUGUCGGGAUGGAGCGUCGGUUUACGCCAGCCUCUGCCCAAGGUCCCCCGACGUGCGUCUGCCCGGCAACAGGUGGUCGGGACCGGUUUCGCCCAUACAGAUACGGGGCUUCACCGGAGAGGACUGUGGGUUACAUGACCCGACGGCGGAGAAAACGGAAUUAGAAGGAGCGGCGGCGUCACACGUCAUCGCCACGUCCCUCGUUGCGCAAACUUUUCCGGGGAACUUCCCGCACCUCCCCAAGCCUUUCCCAGUGCGCGGCGCCCUCCCCAGCUUCCCUGCGGCGCCCUCCCCAGCUCCCCGCAGCGCCCUCCCCAGCUUCCCUGCGGCGCCCUCCCCAGCUUCCCUGCGCGCGCCCUCCCCAGCUUCCCUGCGGCGCCCUCCCCAGCUUCCUGCGGCGCCCUCCCCAGCUUCCUCUCCCAGCUUCCUGCGGCGCCCUCCCCAGCUUCCCUGCGGCGCCCUCCCCAACUUCCCUGCGGCGCCCUCCCCAGCUUCCCUGCGGCGCCCUCCCAGCUUCCCUGCGCGCGCCUCCCCAGCUUCCCUGCGGCGCCCUCCCCAGCUUCCCUGCGGCGCCCUCCCCAGCUUCCCUGCGGCGCCCUCCCACUUCCCUCGGCGCCCUUCCCUGCGGCGCCCUCCCCCCUGCGGCGCCCUCCCCAGCUUCCCUGCGGCCGCCCCAGACGUCAAGCGGGCGCGUCAGGGUUAA